UGGAAAUAUAGAUAAAAAAAAGGUUCAAAUAAUAUUUUGGUUCAGAAAAUAAAAGGGGAAUGGAGGAGAUGGAACGGCAUCGUUGACAAUACAAGAACUUCUCUUCUGAACUCAGCAGCAGCAAAAACUAAAAGAAAAGCAUGGCUAAAUGCUAAUGGGGUCCGCCACUGCGAAGGUUUCAGGAAAAUGCGCCCCUUGGCGUCGGUUGACCCAACGAUCGCUUACACGUUCGAUUUGAAUCAUUUCAUUUUCUGAAAUCCCAAAAGCCAUUUCUCCCAAAACUUCGCUCACUGAUCAUUCUCUUCUCUUUGAAGACACGCAUUGAGCACGUCAUUUCUGGGUAUCUUCUUCUACUGAUUCGUUCUGAUGGUUCAAAACCCAACGCCCAUAUGCCGCAUCUCUGUUUCUUCGACGGCCCAAGCUGUUCCCAAGAAGAUGAAAGACCAAUCCACUGUCUAUCCCAAGGUGAAGGUGAGGGAGGAGAAAGACCCCGAUGAUGAUCACCCUGCUGUAUACGAGCAGAAGAGAAGUUAUCUGUUGUCUCUGAAAGAUUUUGAAUCACUCUUCCUUGAAGACUCCUCCAAUUCUCCAGGAAAAGAGCAUCGUGUUUCUCCAUCAUCCAGUGCUCAAAUUCCAAAAGCUUGUAUUCCCAACGUAAUCGAACCAUCCCCUUCUGAAUCCCAAGAAAGGAGGUGUAAAACGGUUGAUGUUGUUGAGGAGGACAACAACAUAAAUACUAGAGCUAAUUCAAUCCCAAUGCCACGUGCCGUCGUAUCCAGCCCUGAAAAUGAUAUAAUGAUAGGGAAGAAAAACAGAAAAACAACAGAAAAACCAUCAGUUUUGAAGAACCACAAUUCAGUUCAGUCCAGACACGCACAGUGUAAGAUCAUGGCUAGCCACAGUGGCAAUGAAAAUCCAAUUACCACGAGGAAGUCCAAGGAUGCUGCGGAUAAUAAACGUCGUCAAGUUGGAAAGAGUGGUACGGUGAACAGGGGCAGCAGUUUCAUGUCAAAGAAAACUCCCUAGAAACAAGAGACCAAUCUCUCGGGUGAUAUCUGGCAUGUCAUAAACCUUCCAGUAGGCCAAAUAUAAGCCUUGAGUCGAUGCUUGCAUUGGAUAGAAGUAUCGUUGUGGUGCUGUGUCAAAUUGCUCAUCAAUGCAAAUGGGUUACUUGUUCAUACUAUAGCUUGGAAUCAACUUCCUCGCUAACAUGAAUUACUUUAUAUCCAUGUAGCCUGAGAUGUUUUGAACUUGAAAACUUGAGACCAAUGAAGUUCUAGUAACAGCCAGCAACACCUUUUUCACUUAUGUUGCUGUGAAACCAA